UAUUAUACUUUUAAUUAAAUUUUUAAACUUUUUAAGGUUAUCGCUUUGAGCCUUUACAUAUUGACCUUGUUUAUUAAGAGUUAAUUAUAAACCUUAUCAUUUGAUAAUUUAAUUUAAGCUAUGACUCAAUUAACUAAUAAUAAAGAAAAUUCAACAGGGAACACUCUAUCUUCCUCAGAAGCAGCACGUGAACAUGCCUUAGCUGUUGCUAGGAAUUAUAAAAUAUCCCCAAGAAUUACUUACAAGACUGUUACUGGUGUUAAUGGACCCUUAGUCAUUUUAGAUAAUGUUAAAUUUCCAAAAUUUGCUGAAAUUGUUUAUUUGACAUUGCCAGAUGGAACCCAAAGAAGUGGGCAAGUUCUUGAAGUUUCAGGUAAUAAAGCAGUUGUUCAAGUGUUUGAAGGAACAUCUGGUAUAGAUGCCAAAAAUACCAAAAGUGAAUUUUCAGGAGAUAUUUUAAAGAUUCCUGUAUCUGAAGACAUGUUAGGUAGAGUUUUUAAUGGAUCUGGGAAACCUAUUGAUAAAGGUCCAUCAAUACUAGCUGAAGAAUACUUAGAUAUUCAAGGUCAACCUAUAAAUCCUUGGUCUAGAAUAUAUCCUGAGGAAAUGAUUCAGACAGGAAUAUCUGCAAUUGAUGUUAUGAAUUCCAUUGCAAGAGGUCAAAAAAUACCUAUAUUUUCAGCAGCAGGCCUACCACACAAUGAAUUAGCUGCCCAGAUAUGUAGGCAAGCUGGACUUGUAAAAUUGCCUGGAAAAUCUGUCCUCGAUGAUGACAAAGAAAACUUUGCUAUAGUAUUCGCUGCUAUGGGGGUCAAUAUGGAAACAGCUAGAUUUUUCAAAACGGAUUUUGAAGAAAAUGGUUCAAUGGAAAGCGUGUGUUUAUUUUUAAAUCUUGCCAAUGAUCCUACUAUCGAGAGAAUUAUCACGCCACGAUUAGCAUUGACAACAGCGGAAUUUUUAGCCUAUCAAUGUGAAAAGCAUGUUUUGGUGAUAUUGACUGACAUGACAGCGUACGCUGAAGCAUUAAGAGAAGUAUCAGCAGCUAGAGAAGAAGUACCAGGAAGGAGAGGCUUUCCUGGAUACAUGUACACAGAUUUGGCAACAAUAUAUGAGAGAGCAGGACGGGUUGAAGGAAGAAACGGGUCUAUAACUCAAAUACCCAUAUUGACUAUGCCUAACGAUGAUAUUACGCAUCCCAUUCCCGAUUUAACUGGUUACAUUACCGAAGGUCAAAUCUACGUUGAUAGGCAAAUGCACAAUCGACAAAUUUACCCUCCAGUUAAUGUGCUUCCAUCUUUGUCUCGUCUCAUGAAAUCUGCUAUCGGUGAUAAUAUGACAAGAAGAGAUCAUGCUGAUGUCUCUAAUCAAUUGUACGCUAAUUAUGCCAUCGGUAAAGAUACUCAGGCUAUGAAAUCAGUUAUUGGAGAAGAGGCCUUGACAUCUGAUGAUCUAUUAUAUUUGGAGUUUUUGUCGAAAUUCGAAAAAAAUUUUAUCUCCCAAGAUCGUUAUGAGAACAGGACGAUUUUCGAUUCACUGGACAUUGGUUGGCAACUUUUGCGAAUAUUUCCUCGUGAGAUGUUAAAGAGAAUCCCCGAAAAUGUCCUGGACGAAUUCUACCCUCGAGAUCGUAAUGCGGCUGGCACUAACAAUGAUAACAAUGGAAGUAAAGUAAAUGCCAGUACUCAAAACGGAACUAAAAGACAAGAUAAAGAUUAGCAGAGAUUAUAAAAAUAAUCUUUAAUUAAAAAAAUAUAAGAUAUUUAAAGGGGCAUAUCUAUUCAUUUUAUUUUUAUAGAUGGUUAGUUUUUUAUUUAUUCAGCUAUAAAACGAUGCUUGCUCUUA